GGAAAAGCGGAGAUAGCCGAUUAAACCUCGUAGAAAUGAGCUGGAAUUUGUUCAAGGGUGGACCUAAGAAGCAGAUUGUCCCCAAGACUGUUGAAAGGGACUUUGAACGAGAAUAUGGCAAGCUCCAGCAGUUGGAAGACCAGAUCAAAAAACUACAGAAGGACAUGAAGAAAAGUAUUGAGGCCGAUUUAGCAAUGUCUAAGUCAGCAGUCAGGAUCUCCUCUGAUCUGUUGGGGAAUCCCUUGUGUGAGCCAGAUGCAGAUUUCCUCCAGAUGGUAACGGCACUUGACACAGCCAUGAAACGUAUGGAUGCCUUCAACCAGGAAAAGGUUAACCAGGUCCAGAAGACUGUGAUGGAUCCUCUGAAGCGGUAUAGCAGUGUCUUCCCUUCCCUAAACAUGGCGGUUAAGCGCAGGGAGCAGGCUCUUCAGGAGUACAAGCGACUUCAGACCAAGGUGGAGAAAUACGAGGAAAAAGAUAAAACCGGAGCAAUGAUUGCAAAGCUGCACCAGGCUCGGGAAGAGCUGCGUCCUGUCCGUGAAGACUUUGAGGCUAAGAAUCGCCAGCUCUUGGAUGAGAUGCCAAAGUUUUAUAACAGUCGUACAGAUUUCUUCAAACCCAGUUUCCAGUCGCUGAUCCGGGCGCAGGUAGUCUAUUACACAGAGAUGUCCCGAGUGUUCGGGGACCUGGCACAGCAGGUGGAUGAGGUGCAGCUAUCUGAUGCAGAGCGAGAGCAGGAGAAUGAAGCCAGACUGGCAGAGCUGCGUUCACUUUCCAUAGUUGCAGACGACUGACCACUGAACCCCACAGGCACUCCAUCUUUAAAUUAAUAUAAACUGAUAAAGAGUUUUUUACCCUCAGGUAACUGUAAGCUAGGGCAGUCAGGCACUGGGAGCAGCCAGUCCCAUCUGAAUGAGCAAUCAGUACUAUUGCUGAGACUGCACCAUUAUAUAAAGGGAUCCGUCUGCAAUGGCAAACGAUUGCUCAGCUGGUGGGUUUGGCUUCUACCGACUGCCCAUUACUCAUAUCUAACUUUGUUUUUCAUUAUGGUGAUUUCUGUAAAUUCUUAGGGAAUUGCAAGGCAUUAGGAUAAAGGGAUAGGGCAUUACUCAGAGAAAGAGAGCAGAUUAGCAGACAUUGAUGGGCUUGUGUAACAUGUUUGAAAUAGAUACUGAUUCCCAUUAAAGCAGGCAUGGAUGAUUGGAGACCAUCUAGAUCAGGGGUCUCCAACUUUUUGGGGGGAGUUGGGGAUCAACACAAGAUGUGGUCUGACAGCCUAUAGGAGGCUCUGUUUGGCUCUUGCCUCCAAACCUGAAAUUCAGAAAUAAGCAGCUACUUUGAGGCCACUGGGAGCAACAUCCAAGGGGAGUAGCAUGUUGCUUGCGAGUCACUGGUUGGGUAUCACUGGUCUAGAUAAUGAUGAGCUACAGCUUUCAGAACUUCUCCUAUAGACUUAACCUGUCACUGGGACUAGAUGCUUGAACUGUUAAGCUAAAGGUUUGAUAGGAGGUGGAGGCCGGUAGCAAGGGUGCCUCCUAGUACAGGUAUGGGACCUGUUAUCCAGAAUGCUUGGAACCUGGAGUUUUCCAGAUAAGGGAUCUUUCUGUAAUUUGGAUCUCCAUAACUUAAGUCUGCUAAAAAUCAUUUAAAUAUUAAAUAAACCUAAUAGUCUUGUUUCGUCUCCAAGAAGGAUUAAUUAUAUCUUAGUUGGGAUCAAGUACAAGGUACUGUUUUAUUAUUACAGAGAAAAGGGAAUCAUUUAACCAUUAAAUAAACCCAAUAGGGCUGUUCUGCCCCCAAUAAGGGGUAAUUAUAUCUUAGUUGGGAUCAAGUACAGGUACUGUUUUAUUAUUAGAGAGAAAAGGGAAUCAUUUAACCAUUAAAUAAACCCAAUAGGGCUGUUCUGCCCCCAAUAAGGGGUAAUUAUAUCUUAGUUGGGAACAAGUACAGGUACUGUUUUAUUAUUACAGAGAAAAGGGAAUCAUUUAACCAUUAAAUAAACCCAAUAGGGCUGUUCUGACCCCAAUAAGGGGUAAUUAUAUCUUAGUUGGGAUCAAGUACAAGGUACUGUUUUAUUAUUAGAGAGAAAAGGGAAUCAUUUUUAAAAAUUUGAAUUAUUUGCUUAUAAUGGAGUCUAUGGCAGGUGGCUUUUCCGUAAUUCGGAACUUUCUGGAUAACUGGUUUCUGGAAAAGGGGUCCCAUACCUGUAUAGGGAAAUGAUAUGUUAUAACACUAAAUUGCCCUAUUACAAAGGUACUGAACCACUGUUAGCUAAAUUGUAGUUUUCAUGAUUUCUUGGAAUUGGGCAGCUAUUGGGAGGCUAGUAUAGGGCUACUGGUUAGCAUUAACCGAGUUAUACAUUACUGCCUAGUUAUGUAUUUCAGCAUUGUUAUAUAGACGGUUUAUGUAGAACACUAACUAGAAUAUAGUGUAGAAUAGGCCUGGAGAAAAACUAUUUGCUUGUUUUUAGCAUUUACCAACAUCAACAGUUUUGUACUCUGUAAGGCUUGCAGCUUCCAUUACCCUGCUGUCUGGUUGGGGAAUUGGACCUCUUUCUAUGGGUGCUUACCUGUGAGACCUCCAAUUGUGAGAGCUCCAGUCACACAGGUUAUGUUGUAGUGCCCAUCAGUGUUUGCAAGUGAAUUGUGUUCGGCCCCCGGGGGUUAGGGGGUGUCACGUGACUGUUUCAUGAAUACACAUGGUUCUAUGUGCCUUAAUAUUUUGCACCUCGGAAUCAGAUAUGAGAUUUAGAAAUGAGGAAUUGUCCAUCUUUGUGUAAAUAUGAAGUGUUUACCAGUUCUUGGUCUUGGGGUGCUCUGGGGAAGAGGAAGAUACUGAGGGUAACCUGAGAUGGGCCCCAGGCAGCUUACAGACAGUUGUAGCAGCUCAUUGGCAAUAUUCUCCUAGGUGAUUUUAUUAUAGUACUUUAUGUCAGGGGGUUUGUUUGAGAACAGGUUCCCAGGGCUGAUGGAGCACAAGAUGUUUCCCUCCUGCAGGUGUAGCCACUGCCCAGUGUUCCCAACUCAGUGAGGGGCUACUUGGGUGUUUUCAGGGGCUUCACCCCCGACUGAAAUAAUCAAGCAGAAAAGCCUUGUGUUCCAUCAUCCUGUUACUUGGGUUGGAGAGGUAUUCAUGGUUAAACUAAGGGUUGCUGGUCCCACUGAAUCCGUAUCUGUACAAUAUGAUCUGAGACUCUCGCUUAGUAAUCACAAUACUCCCUUUCCUCUGUGUCCUGCUAUCAGGAAGAUUACCCCACAUCCGUCCAGUGAUCCACACACCGAUAUUACCUACUGAUGCACGCUGUGCUACUGACAAACCUGAGCUGCUUGACCCCAUACAGACAGAUACAGCCAUCUAUACACACAUGUCCACUCACAGAAUUAUCUGCACGGAACUUUCCUCUCUCUUCCCCUUCUCCUGCCCUGUCUUACAUACUAAUGGCCACCCCUGUGGCUGCUGGGGGAUUAUAGUUCCCAGCAUUCUCUUUCAGCCUUCUUCCUUCCCAAACCCUAUGCACACUACAUUCCUCCAGUUCUCUUUUCCUUUUAUCUUGCUUUCUCCAUCAUCUCCGUUGUGCCUUCCCACACAUAUCAUUCUGUAGCCCCCCUCUAUAAUUUGCCUUUACAAGCCAGUUUACAAACCUGCUACUGCAAUGUCUUCUAUGUAAUUAAACUGUGUACAGAAAGGUCCUUUAUUUUACUACUAGUAUCUAAUCUUGUUACAGAUUGAAAGCUUUUUUUUUUUAAAUAAAAUGCUCUCAUAUGUGG